AUGGUAGCAAUUCCCCUUGGUUCUCUUCGUUCAGAGGUGUUCGUCAAGGCGAUCCCAUUUUCCUCUCAUUUGUUCAUUUUGGUGACCCAAGUCCAUACUUCUAUGCUUAAUACUGGUCUUGUGAAUUGCAUGAUUCCUGGUUUCAACCCUAAUCUCAAUCAUAACUUCAAUCAUCUCAUGUUCGCAGAUGAUUUAAUUCUUGUUACCCAAGCCUCUAGGCGUGCCGCCAGGGGCAUCAACCAGUGUCUUAAUGUCUAUGGUUUUCUUACCGGUCAACGUCCUAACUUCGCUAAGUCUCAUAUUUUUUUUCCUACUUGGUGCAACAAACAUGUUUCUUCUCGCAUACGUGCUAUCUUAAACCUUACUCAAGCCUCCUUUCCUUUUAAAUACCUUGGAAUCUUGAUCUCUCCUAAGCGUCUUGCCGUUUCUACUUUUAAACCAAUGAUUGAUAAAAUUCGUCUUCAGUGCAAUCGUUGGAGUAACUUUAACCUCUCGUCAGCAGCGAAAGCUACUCUAAUCAACUAUUCCCUUCUUUCCAUUCCUACUUAUACUCUAUCUGUUUAUACAAUCCCUGAAGUAGUUAUUUCUGAGAUCACCAAAGUGGUUAGGAAAUUCUAUUGGUGUAGGAAUGGCAAUGGAAAGGGCAUUCAUAAUGUGAACUGGAAAACUUUAAACGAAGGUAAGCCUGAGGGGGGAAUUGGAAUCAGAAAUUUAUCUCUUGCUAAAUCUUCUCUUAUGGCAAAGCAUGUCUUUGGUUUUUUAAACAGGAAAGAUGGCAUUUGGGUUGAUGUUUUGAGUCAUAAGUAUGGCAAAUUAGACUUUUGGAGAAACACUGCCUCUGUGAAUUAUUCGUGGUUUUACAGAAGUCUUCACAAAGCGGCGGCUCAAAUCAAACCUUUUUGUCGUAUUAAUUCGAUCAAUCCUGCUCUGACUUUUUUUUGUUGGGAUCCAUGGUGUUUUGAUAUCCCUAUUGCACUUACGCCUACGUUUAUUAAUAUGAAUGUGGAUGUCAACCUCCUCUCCGUUUCUGAUGUUGUUAAUGGAGACAGAUGGUGUGAUACUAGCUUGCUCUAUGUGUUUGGCCCCAAUUUUAACUUGUAG